CGGCCGGUCCCUAAAUAGAAAAGCGCUUCGGACCUUCCGGGAUAUCAAUUCAGUACGUUCAACCAACUCUGGUUCAGUGUUCAAUAUGAUUAUUUUCUGGUUCAACUUCUCUCUUCAAUCUUAACCUAUUGCAAGUUCAAGCAAAAUCUACUCAUGCUCGCAUCUUUUGACAGGGCUUCGCUCUUAACUCACCCUUUCUUCAUUGUCACGACCAUAUUCGCGAAUGCAUCUUGGAUGAUAGCCUUAAUAUCUCAGGGACUUGCUGCGACGAAAUAUGGUCGCAGUACUGUCGCAACCCUAUGGCUAGCUAUCCUUUUACAAUUGCUCGUUAACAUUGGUGUGUUAUACGGACUAUGCACCAAUGUAAUACAUAUGUUCCGGCUUCAAAUAUCUCUCUUUGCUUCGAUGGCUGUCGUCUUGGGUGCGCUGGGCAUAAACAACAACAUCUUCUCUGGUUUCAGGUCCCGCGAUGCAAUUGCCGCUGCGUGGAUUAUUCUCUCGAUUGUUGAUCUUCUAUGGAUCCUGGUAUUUUCAUCCGAGCGUGACUCCCCGGUGCUACAAGUGUUUGAAAAAGAAGCACGUAUCAGGCUAUCUUCGGACUCAAAUUUCCCAAUCAACCGCGAGGAAGAAUCACAAACACACACUCCUAUACCUAAGGAUCCAAUUUCUGAAAGCAAAGUAGCCCUCGAUCCUCGGAGUACCAUGCUUUCUGCUCCAGAAACUUUCAAGAGCGACGAUGCUGCGCGGCCUGCACUAUUCCAACCUUCUCUGAUGGUCUACGAGGGCUCCAGAACGUCGUUUGAUAGGCCCGGCUCAGUACUCAUGAAUGAUCGACAGUCUACCACAUCACGUUUGACUGUUCCAGCAAGUAUUGCAACUCAUGAGAGCAGCAAUGCCGCCAGCUCAAAUUAUUCGUAUUCGCAGAAAGCAUUAGCCCUCUACAACUACAAUGCUAUCAAUGGUAGUACAGAAGUCGACAAUUCUGGAGAAGGAGAACUGAGUUUCGUGAAGGGUGAUAUUCUUGAAGUUUCGAGGACGUUGGAAAAAAAGUGGUGGCCUGCCCGGCGAUCAAAUGGACAGGUCGGAGUUGUUCCUUCCAACUAUCUACAGGUCAUUCAAGAGUAGAUUGUGCCCAACAAGAUCGUCCUAGGAUAAGGCAAGAAGGACGCGAGCCCCCCCUCCCCCUUCCCCCUCUUAGUACUUGACGGCUCGAAUUCUUAUGGUUUUACUCGUCGUUGUAUUGCCCGAUCCCAGCACCUAAGUGUAUUAUCUGUACAUCCUUGGAUUUAUCUAUGAAUAUUAUGAAGGGUCUCGCUUUGUCUGUAUCUGUCAAUCUAGUCAACAUGUCAUGUCCUAUUUUGUAAAAUUAUCUUUUAUACAGUACAGUGCUUUGCGAAAAUAUU